GUUUGUGUUUGAGUCCUUUGCAGUUUUAUUUCCUUCCUUGUUGGUUGACCCCUCCAAGGGGCCAAGCAAGAACACACAUUUCGUGACUUUUACUUCUCUCUCCCUCUACUUGGACAGAGAGAGUAUCGAUUCGAUUGGCUUGCGUCUCGGAAUUGGAAUGCUCGAUCCGUCCUUCCGUUGAGAAUCUGGAUUGGCGCUGCUGUGCGCGGUGGAGGGAUUCGAUUGCGAUUCGAGAGUUUGGUGUGGUUCUGUUUUUCGCAUUGAUAGCUCUUGAGAGGAAGAAUCGGGAGAUUGAGGAGGAGAUUGAUUUGAGGCGAUGGAGGCGUGAUCAAGCAAUUGGAGGGGGGAGAGGAUCCAUUUAAAGGAAUGGGGACGGCUAUGGUGGAUCUGCCCAAGAAAAGCAGCUCGCUGUUGCUCGUCAACGGGGGAAUGGUGCUCGCCAAUGGAAUCGAGGCCAAGGCGGCGGCGGUGGCGCAUCACAACAAUCACCACCACCACCACCACCAUCACGUAAAGUUCGCGGACGAGCAAUCCAUCAAGCCGGUCGGCGGCGGCGGCGGUGGAGAGGCGGCAGUCAAGCCGCCGCUGGAGCUGCCCAAGCCCAAGAAUUCGUGCGAGGAAGACGAAGAAGAAUCGGAGGAGGAGGAGGAGGAAUGGAUCCUGGAAGAGCAAGUGGAGGAAGUGGAGGAGUUUGGCAGCGACGAGCGCGACGUGGGCACCUCGGACGAGUGGGUGUCGCGGCACCCGGACAUGGUCCGCCUCACGGGCCGCCACCCCUUCAACGCGGAGCCGCCGCUGCCCCGCCUCAUGCAGCACGGCUUCAUCACCCCGGCGGCGCUGCACUACGUGCGCAACCACGGGCCCGUGCCGCGCGGCACCUGGGCCGAGUGGCGCCUCCACGUGGGCGGCAUGGUGCGCCGCCCCGCGGUGCUCACCAUGGACGACCUCCUGCGCCUCCCCGCGCGGGAGCUGCCCGUCACGCUCGUCUGUGCGGGCAACCGGCGCAAGGAGCAAAACAUGGUGCGGCAGAGCGUGGGCUUCAACUGGGGGGCGGCGGGCGUCAGCACGUCCGUGUGGAAGGGCGCCCUUCUCCGCGACGUGCUCAAAGCCUGCGGCGGCCUUCGCCGCGGGGCCCGCUUCGUGUGCUUCGAGGGCGGGGAUUCGCUCCCCAAAUGCGGGGGCGACGGGUACGGCACGGGGAUACGGGUGGAGAAGGCCAUGGACGUGACGCAGGACGUGCUAGUCGCCUACAUGCAAAACGGACGCCCUCUCCCGCCCGACCACGGCUUCCCCGUACGGAUGAUCAUCCCAGGCGUGAUCGGCGGCCGGAUGGUCAAGUGGCUGCGUAAGAUCGAGGUCACCGCCGCCGAGUCCACCAACUAUUACCACUACCAGGACAACAAGGUGCUGCCCUCACACGUCGAUUCCGACAUUGCCAGCGCCGAAGGGUGGUGGAAGAGGCCCGAGUAUGUGAUCAACGAGCUCAACAUCAACUCGGUUAUCACCACUCCCGCGCACGGCGACAGCCUGCCCAUCAACCCGGUGUCGAUACAGUCGCCGUACAAGAUGAGCGGCUACGCAUAUUCCGGGGGCGGGAGGAAGGUGAUCAGGGUUGAGGUGACGCUCGACGGCGGCGAGACGUGGGCGCUGGCGGAUCUGACGCACCCGGAGCGGCCCACCAAGUAUGGCAAGCACUGGUGUUGGAGCUUCUGGGAGCUGGGCGUGGAGGCGAUGGAGCUCCUCCAGGCGCGGGAGAUCGCGGUGCGCGCGUGGGACGAGAGCAUGAACACGCAGCCCAAGGAGCUCAUCUGGAACCUCAUGGGGAUGAUGAACAACUGCUGGUUCCGGGUGAAGGUCCAUCCCUGCAAGGGGAAGCUGGGGGGCGUGGCGCUGGCGUUCGAGCACCCGACGCGGCCGGGCAACCAGCCCGGCGGCUGGAUGGUGAAGCAAAAGGAAGAGGAGACCAAGAGCAGCGACCUGAUUGCGUCGAGCAAGCCCGGCAAGGCCAUGAUCAAGAGCGCCUCCUCGCCCUUCCUCAACCAGGGCCUCUCCUCCAUCACCAUGUCCGAGGUGCGCAAGCACAGCAAGCCCGACUCGCCCUGGAUCGUCGUCAACAGCUCCGUCUACGACUGCACGUCCUUCCUCAAGGAUCACCCCGGCGGCGCAGACAGCAUCCUCAUCAACGCCGGCACCGACUGCACGGAGGAGUUCGAGGCCAUCCACUCGGCCCGCGCCAAGGCGCUGCUCGAGGACUAUAAGAUUGGGGAGCUCGUGAGCACGGCCGGGAGCUUCUCGUCGGCGGACACGAGCCCGGAGACGUCGCUCCACGGCGGCAACCGGGCGCUCUCGGCGCUCAGCCUCAACACGCUCGCUCCAAUCCUGGAAGCCCUCCCGGCAUCGAGGCCAGUGGCGCUCAACCCGCGGCAGAACAUCCCCUGCAAGCUCGUCGCGCGCGUGAACAUCAGCGCGGAUCUCCGCCGCCUCCGCUUCGCUCUCCCAUCCCGCGAUCAAGUCCUCGGCCUCCCUACUGGCAAGCACGUCCUCGUCUCCGCCACCGUCAACUCCAAGCUCUGCAUCCGCGCCUACACGCCGAUCUCCUCGGACGACGACGAGGACUCCAUCGGCCACGUCGAGCUCCUCAUCCGGGUCUACUACAAGAACGUCCACCCAAACUUCCCGGGCGGAGGGAUCAUGUCCCAGCACCUCGACUCGCUCGCCAUCGGCGACUCGAUCAAUCUCAAGGGACCGAUCGGACACAUCCAGUACCUCGGGCGGGGGAAGUUCACCGUCAACGGCGACGCAAAGUUUGCGAGCGACAUCGCCAUGCUCGCGGGAGGGACUGGGAUCACGCCGGUCUACCAGGUGAUCAAGGCGAUUCUUCGAGACAAGGAGGACACCACCCGGAUCUCGCUCGUCUACGCCAACCGGACGGACGAGGAUAUAAUGCUGCGAGCGGAGUUGGAUUCGUGGGCUGAGAGCCACGCCGCCAAGUUCCGGGUGUGGUACGUCCUGAGUCAUCCUCGCGAGCCGAGCAAUUGGAAGUACAGUGUGGGAUACAUCAGCGAGGAGGUUGUCCGGGAUCACCUAGCCAGAGGGUCGGACGAGGCGGUGGCGUUCAUGUGUGGCCCGCCGGCGAUGAUCGAUCUGGCUUGCCUCCCAAACCUGGCCAAGCACGGCUACUCCAAGUCCAGUUGCUACCAGUUCUAGAGAACUGCGUACACAUCCAAUUUUCAUUUUUAUUUUUCUUUUCGCAGUCACCUUGUACAUUCGAAUAUACAACCAUUGUUAUAAAAUGAAAAUCACUGGUUUUCAA